AUGCACGUAGCGCAUCCCAUGGCCACUUGGUGGAAAAUUGUUUUGCUUGAUCCAUUCAACACUUUCUUUGCGUUUCCAAGAGCACAGUGCUCGUGGAUCGUGAUACCGGACGGUGAAUGUUGUCCGGUGUGUGUCGGAUGUCAGACGGAAAAACUCGAGAAGAAGCGUAAAAACGAAAGUUGGCAGAAGGACGACUGCACCACAUGCACUUGUUCGGAAGACGGUACUCCGGUAUGUGAGAAACACAUGUGCAGCACAGAAUGCGAAAAUCCACGUAAAGUCGAAGGACAGUGCUGUCCUGUGUGUGACGAACCACUACUACUAACAAUGCCGGUAGCUUGUCCGUCGAUUGAGCACUGCCCGCUGCGAUGUGAGGCCGGUCUGAUACGGGAUGAACGUGGAUGUUUCCAAUGUGAAUGCGUUCCUUCCAGUCGUCCAGGUCGUUGCCCUGAGCUCUCUGCACGUAAUUGUGACAAGUAA